UUCAAAAGUAGCGCGCUGUAGCUGCACUGCCCGAGAGAUUCUGAUUUCAGAAAGAUUUCCUUUUUUUUUCAGAGUUCAACAAUUAAACAUCCGGAUAGUGACCUGUUUUUUUACUGUAGUGAUGUGAAGCGAAAACUUUGUGCUAGAAAUAUAUUUUUUUAAAGUAAACGUUUUUACGUGUUAUCGAGAUAAAGAGAUUUCUGUUGUCGGAAAUACAUUCAAAUGCCUGAGACCUGGAUGCAGACCUUUCUGUUGUAGCUCAUGUAUCUCUCACCAGCCAAGUGUCUCUCAGCUCCACUGCACCCUGAGCUGUGUUACAACACUCCUGUACAACCCACCACCAUGGCAACACAUGAGCGGAACCCGGCUGAAACCUUGGGAGAGUCAAAUAGAAUAAGCAGAAACUGCACUUCAGUGGUUUUAAAUUCCACAGUACAUGAUCAUAAGUUUGGGGCUGAGUCCAGAGCAGCCAUGAACUGUGACCUCAGCACCAUUAACACCUCGGUGAUGCCUCUGAAACAAGUCACUGACACACCAGCAAAAGUCUUUGCCAGACUGAAGGCCAAAGUCCAGCGUCAGAACUCAGAAGAACACACACAAAUUAACGUCGUCCCCAGACAUCUGACAAGGGGUGUUCCAUUAUCGCAGAAUAUGCACCAACCACCAGUUGAUGAUACCACAUCAGAAGGACAGGAUACAUAUGUGCUGACACUUUCUCCACCUGAGUCUAUGAGCAAGAACUCUGAGUUAGAAGAACCCCAAAUAAUAGCGCAUCUUGAUACAGGAGGAGGUCAUGACCCUGACUUGGUUCACAGACCUGUUAUUGCACUUGAUGAGAUGCUUGCUGAAAGAUUUACACAGGUAAAAGUCCAGCAAAAGAAGACCACCAGCAAGUCAGCAAAUAUAAAUCGAGAUGCAUAUGUUUUGCUGGAGCGCAUGCCUGAGGAUUUACUCGCUCAGCCAGGACCUACAAAACCAAUACAAUUAAGGAAUCGUGUCAAAAACAGAAGUUAUCAUGGUGUGUUUGGCGAGAUGAGUGUAAGGGACGAUUCAGAAGGUACAGUAGAUGAUGACAGCAGUAGGAUGGAUACAUUUCAGAGGUUGGAGAUUGCUUCCCAAAGGCAUCCAGAGCCACAGAGACCAGAGAGAAUGCCUAAUAGGCAGUGCGAGAAUUUGGAAGCACCACCUCGGCCACUUCCUAAUCUGAUGGAGGAUUCUCUACUGCAGCUAUCACCUCGCAUCUCCAUCCCUCGGAAGCAAAUGUCAGUAGUUAAGUCCAAACAGCACAGUAAAGAAAUGGAUAAAGCUCAGGAUGGGAGGACAAAUGUAACCGGGAUUCAUUUAAGAGAUUGGGUUUUGAAGCUACACAACAAGGAGCUUAUUGUUGAUGGCAUCCGCAUAGACAACAAGAUCCCUUGGCACAGUAGUUGCAUCACUGAGCGAGUUUCAAGUAACAUAGUUAAAACGGCAUCUGGUGGGACCUAUGUUCUUGUUGGAAAAAUGUCGCACUACUACAAUUCCUCGUUUCCCUCAUGGUUUAUGAAAAAGUUUCUUUUCGGCUUUCCGGAAAUGUGGAAGGAGUACCUGAAUAAAUUUUUGGCUGAAAAUGAAGGGAGUGGAAAAAACCGGCAAAGGAACAAUUCAGCACCAUGUGAGCCACAAAAGAAACGGCCCUCUAAGAAACAGAUAUCUAAACAACUAAGGUCAAAGGACAUGGUGACCCCUGUUAGCUCUGCGGGCGUGCAGCCUCACAGUGCUCCAGUUUCUCGCAGCGGGCGUCUCAUUAAACCACCUUUGGAAUACUGGAGAGGAGGCAGGAUCACUGUCGGGCCUGACAUGAAUGUUACAGUUCAUGAGGAUUAUACGUCAACCUCAAUUUUAUUGACGCCAAAAACAAGACCUGUGGGAAAUAAGUCACAAAAAUCGCCUAAAGAACAGCCUGUGUCCAAAUCUCUUGAAAUCCAAAACAGCAGUGAUGAGGAUUCUAUGGCACCAAGGAGACGUGUUAAACAACAUAAGUCUCGGAGGACAGAGGGAACCAAAGCAGGUGAAAAUACUUCAAAAAGGAAACCUCAGGCUGCAGUUUUCAACUCUGACUCGGAAUUAGAAAAUGCUACUGCCAAACAGCUUUCUCCUCAGGAAGCACAGUCUGAGCGAAUGUACCUGAGGAGGGGACGAUCAUAUUCUAGAGAGAGAAACUCGUGGGGCUCAGGGUCCGAGGUAUGUUGUUUUUCGAAUGAAGAUGGGAUUUCUACAACCCAGGCCACUCAGGGAAAUUUUAAAACACGGCCCAAGCAAAAGCAUCUACAAAGAGCAACUCAGAAUAAGAAGCCUUCCUCUUCAUGCUCAGACUCUGAUACCAGUUCCACACAAUCUCAAGUUCAGAAGAGUGCAGAUUCAGAUCAUUUAUUCACACCUCCAUAUCCUACAAAAAGAAACAGAAGAAAAGCUCAGAAGGAAAAAAGCAAGCUUGUUCCUCUGACUGCUGCUAUGUCCGAGACCGAGGAAGCUGAUUUCUCUGUGCAGACACAUACAGUGACGAAUAAAAAGAACACACAAAGGCAAAAGAAGGUUUCUCAGAAAAAUCAAAAUUAUAUGGUGACUGAUAGUGGUGGUGAAAGUCUUUCGUUAAAGCCGAUCAGAGAAGAUAAAAAGAAGACUUCAAAGUCUGCUCCAGCAAGGACAAGACAAAGGAAAAGCUUAAAAGCGUCUGAAAAGACACCCAAUAGACUUGUUUCUCAGGCUAGUGAACAUCCUGAGCAGUCUAUCACAACAGAUAAUCCUCAGCCUCCUGUGCCAGAUAAUAUUUGCAAAAAAACAAAUCCAUCAGUAAACCGCAAAGCAAGCGGAAGACAAAGCACAAAGCACCGUGAGAUCGAACAAGAUGUGCAAGAAGGAGCAUGGAGUGAAAAAGAACUGCAAAAACUUAAUGAGGCUGUGAACUCACUACCCAAACACAAGAGUGGUUACUGGGUUAAUGUCUCUCUGUUAGUUGGGACACGUUCAGCUGAGGAGUGCCAGAAACAGUAUACUGAACUGUACCAAACUCGUGGACGAUCCAAAGGAAAACAUAAGACAAAAAAUUCUAAAACAGAUGAACCAGCAAAAGAAAUGGCUUCAAUUACUGCUAAGGUUGGCACGCUAAAGAGGAAGAAACAGAUGUGGGAUUUUUUGGAUCAUAUGCCCAAAGAUGAUCAUGAUGACAUUUUUGCAGGUUCACCAAUGCGCAGUAAACAAAUCAAGCUGCCUGUAUGGUCAACAAAAGGAGAUGAGCCAGAUUUUGGCCAUCUACAAAAUCCACAAACCCCCAGCUCAAGCAUGUUUUCUUCAGUGAAAACGCCUCAGUGUUUGCACAUUACCCCAGGGAUGUUGCGCUCUGUUAACAGGGACAACAAUGACAAGUAUAUUUACCACCUACAGAAGGUUAAAAGGCAAGGCAAUCAUGGAAGAAAAGGCAGUCCUAAGCAGGACAAGUUCACACCUGUUCCAUCAGUAAAGAAAACCAAGAAGAGAUGUGUUGCUGAAGAUGAUAACUUUGUUGUUUGGAACAUGCUGUCUGACAAGAACGGUCCUGCUAUGGAAGAGGAAGAUGAGGAGGAGGAGGAGGAUUAUUUUAUGGAUGAAUACUAAUACUAUAUUAAAAUAGUUUAUAAUUACAGAUCUGAAGAGGUUGGAUUUGGUGCUAUUGAAUCAUAUGUUUUGCAGGACAGUGUUUUUAUGUUACGUUUAAAGGAAGCGUUCAUGUUCUAAUGCAUCAAGCAAAAUAUUUUUGUUAUUUUUUUCCCCUCCCAAGUAUGUUUGAACAAUCCAGCUGUCAACAUUCCAGCCUUCAGAGUCUGACGGUUUUGUAAAUACUUAUAAAGUAAUGAGAAUAAAAAAAAAAUCAAGA